UCUGUCAUGGGAAGUGGCUAUUACAGCAUGGUGGCAGCUGUGGUGCUGCUCAUGAAUUUGGAAAGGACACGAUCACUGCAGGAUUUCUGUGGUAACUGCCCUGCCGGUACUUUCUGUGGGAAAAACAAGAAUCAGACUUGCAUCCCCUGUCCUCCAAACAGUUUCUCCAGCAUAGGUGGACAAAGGACCUGUGAUAUAUGCAGGCAAUGUAAAGGUGUUUUCAGGACCAAGAAGGCAUGCACCCCCAUCAGCAACUCAGAGUGUGUCUGCAUCACAGGGUUUCACUGCCUGGGGGAAGGGUGCACCAUGUGUAGGAAAGACUGUACACAAGGUCAAGAAUUAACAAAAGAGGGUUGUAAAGACUGUUGUUUUGGGACAUUUAACGAUCAGAAAAAUGGCACCUGUCGACCCUGGACAGACUGUUCUUCGAAUGGAAAGUCUGUGCUUGUGAAUGGGACGAAGGAGAGGGACGUGGUCUGUGGACCGCCUUUGGCCGACUUCUCCCCAGGAACCUCCUCCACGACCACACCUGCCCCCACCAGAGAGCCAGGACAUGCUCCACAGGUCAUCACCAGCUUCCUCGCGCUGAUGUCGGUGGUCCUGCUGCUCCUGGUCUUGGUCCUUGUGCUCCGCAUCUCUGUUGUCAAACGAGGCAGAAAGAAACUCCUGUAUAUAGUCAAACAACCAUUUAUGAAACCAGUUCAAACGGCACAAGAAGAAGAUGGCUGUAGCUGCCGGUUUCCGGAAGAAGAAGAAGGAGGGUGUGACCCGUGAGAUGGAAACACCAAGGGCUGCCGGACUCUUGGAAAGAAGAGAAGGAGAAAUAGGAGCAAUUCCCCAUCACGUUUUCCAAAACCCAAAGCACCAGCCUCAAUAAUACCCAGCAUUCCCCCCGACAAGUGUUUUU